ACGGUGGGGGAGUUCGUGGCCUUCUUCAUCGGCUGGAACCUCAUCCUCGAGUACCUGAUCGGCACGGCGGCGGGGGCCAGCGCGCUGAGCAGCAUGUUCGACUCGCUGGCCAACCACACCAUCAGCCGCUGGAUGAUCAGCAGCGUCGGCACCUUGAACGGCCUAGGAAAAGGAGAGGAAUCAUAUCCUGACCUCCUUGCUCUAGUUAUUGCUGUCAUUGUCACCAUCAUUGUGGCCAUGGGUGUGAAGAACUCGGUGGGACUCAACAACGUGCUCAACAUCAUAAACCUGGUAGUCUGGAUCUUCAUCAUGAUUGCUGGGCUCUUCUUUGUCAAGGGUGACAACUGGUCUGAAGGACAAUUCCUGCCAUUUGGAUGGCCAGGGGUGCUGAAAGGGGCAGCAACGUGUUUCUACGCCUUCAUCGGCUUCGACAUCAUCGCUACUACAGGAGAGGAAGCCAAGAGCCCCAAUACCUCCAUCCCCUACGCCAUCACAGCCUCACUCGUCACAUGCUUGACCGCAUACGUGUCCGUGAGUGUUAUCCUCACUCUGAUGGUGCCAUACGAUGCCAUUGACACCGAGUCCCCUCUGAUGGAAAUGUUUGUGGCCCGCGGAUUCUACGCAGCCAAGUUCAUCGUUGCCAUCGGGUCGGUGGCAGGACUGACCGUGAGCCUGCUGGGCUCCCUCUUCCCCAUGCCGAGAGUCAUUUACGCCAUGGCCGGUGAUGGGCUGCUCUUCAGAUUUUUGUCCCACGUCAGUUCUUACACGGAAACUCCAGUAGUGGCCUGUAUUGUCUCAGGAUUUCUAGCAGCGCUGCUCUCCUUGCUGGUCAGCCUGCGGGACCUCAUAGAAAUGAUGUCCAUCGGCACGCUCCUCGCCUACACGCUGGUCUCCGUCUGCGUCCUGCUCCUCCGGUACCAGCCGGAGAGCGACAUUGAUGGCUUUGUUAAAUUCCUCUCUGAGGAGCACACCAAGAAGAAGGAGGGCAUCCUUGCUGAUUGUGAGAAGGAAGCUUGUUCUCCAGGGAGCGAAGGAGAAGAGUUUACGGGCCAACCAACCAACACCUGUGGGGCAAAAAAUCUGCCGUCACUGGGGGACAACGAGAUGCUAAUAGGGAAAUCCGAUAAAUCCGCCUACAGCGUCAAUCACCCGAAUUACGGCACGGUCGACAUGACCUCAGGCAUAGAGGCAGAUGAGUCGGAGAACAUCUACCUCAUCAAGCUAAAGAAGUUAAUCGGUCCACGCUACUACACGAUGCGGAUCCACCUUGGCCUGCCGGGGAAAAUGGACCGCCCGACUGUAGCCACCGGCCACACGGUCACCACGUGCGUGCUCUUGCUCUUUGUCCUGAUGUUCAUCUUCUGCUCUUUCAUCAUUUUCGGUGCUGACUACAUCUACGAGCAGAGCUGGUGGGCAGUCCUCCUGGUGGUGUUGAUGGUCCUGCUCAUUGCUGUACUGGUGUUUGUGAUCUUACAGCAGCCAGAAAACCCCAAAAAGCUGCCGUAUAUGGCACCUUGCCUCCCUUUCGUCCCUGCAUUUGCCAUGCUGGUGAACAUCUAUCUCAUGCUGAAGCUUUCCACGGUCACGUGGAUCCGAUUUGCUGUCUGGUGUUUUGUGGGCUUGCUCAUUUACUUCGGCUAUGGCAUGUGGAACAGCACCCUGGAGAUCAGUGCCCGGGAAGAGGCACUUCAUCAGAGCACCUACCAGCGCUACGACGUGGACGUCGACCCCUUCUCUGUGGAUGACGGCUUCUCCUACGCCAACGAGAGCGAGAACUACCAGGACUGGGGCCCUGCUGAGGACAAAGGCUUCUCUUACCAGCACAUGGCGGGAGCAAAGGAAAGCCAUCGGACGAGUAGCAAAUCGAAAAGCAAAGGCAAACACAAACAAAAUUCAGAGGCCCUGAUUGCCAACGACGAGUUAGACUACUCACCCGAGUAAUGGAGACAGGCACGGGGCCACCGCGCUGCCCCUCGCAGCCUCCCCCUGGGUGACAGUGGAAAG